UCCGAUCUAUCAAGUGUAACAUGAGCGUUAUAAUUAGUGAUGCUGCAAAACUCUGUUAGUGGUGAAGAUGAAUAUUUUUGUAAUUUUGCUAAUAUGUUACGGAGUAUGUUCAACAGAAUCUCACUUCGGUAUACCAGAGGAACUCCAAGAAUGUUAUAUGAAUAAUAGCAUGCAAAAUUUCCAUCUUCCUAUGAAUAUGCGGGUGUUAUUAGACAUCAUCCGCAAAGCGGAAAAAGAUUCUUACGCCACGAUGGACAUAAGAGCGAUGUCGUCGUCCUUAUUGCAUAGAUUUAAAUUCGAUGGCGUUGAACACUAUGAAAAUAUAGAGCCACGCGACGGAGUGCUUCCCUUUGGGCUAUCUGGAAAGCAAAAUAUAAGAAAUAGAUUGGUAAAAGCACUGGACCCAGGAAAACCGGAUAUUUUCCCAUUUGACGCACUUACAGCAAUAGAACGAUGUACCUUACAUCUUGCUAUAUCAAAUACGAUAAUGAAAGAAAGUUCACGUAAUACGGAUUCACUAUGUGAAGAAAUAGGACAAAAGCUAACAACUAAAUCCAUAUUUCCCGAUCUUUGGAACUGUCCGAAAGAAUACGGAGUGAUUCUUACGCCAUAUGGAACUAUCGCCCCAGGUGCCAUCAUAGGAGCUAUCGCAGCUUCACUUCAGCGUCAAAAUAUCCCCUUAGUUCAAAUAUAUAAUAUUACUGAAAGACCUAGUACAGAUAGCAUGGAUUAUGCAGAACAAGUUGAUUUUAUUUUGCCGAGAAGCGAGAUGAUACACGCCAAAUCAAUGUCGUAUCUUUCUUUUCUCGGAUUAAAUAUCAAUUUGGAUAAUGUAUGGCUAACUACAAUUGCGGGUGAUUUAGGAGAAAUGGUAAUAUAUCAAGGACCUGUGUUAGGUGCUAAUAUGGAACUUGGAGCUGCUGGGUUUUGGAAUAAUACUAUGCGUCCUCACGAUUAUUAUUUAAAAAGUAGUAAAAACAGCUAUCUUGAUGCCACUCGUGCUGAGAUAAUUGGCGAUAUCGAUGGUCUUAUUAUUGCGAGUCACAUGGAAAGUUGGGUGAAUGACUUUAAUAGUCUCCGUUUAAGUCAGAUUCUUGAUAUUUAUUAUUCGGACGAAGGUAUAACUAUACAUGACGAAAACGUAAAAGUUUGCAACAGAAAGGACGCUUUCUCAGACGCUGUACCGAAGACAGUUUUGUAUCAACAGACAUACGCUGCAUCCGAUGUCUUGACCUAUUACAACAGCAUCAAAUUCACAUCGCCGGAAGUAUUUAAACAAAUGGUUGAUUAUGCAGUUGAUAAGUUUUCCGUUUAUACAAACAGUUAUCUGUUGACAGAAUCUCUCUGCAGAGAUAGAAAACCUUGUCCACAAGUAGAAACAUUAAUCGCAUUCGAUGGUGCUUGGACUGCAGAACAUACAAUGGAUUUUUUCGCCACAUUAAUAGAUGAUUUGGACGUAUCGAUGUAUGGCUCAAAAAUGGGUAUUUUACACGGUACAUCUGGGCAAUGGUUGCUUAACGUAACGGAUAGUCCUAGUCUUGCCUAUUAUGCUGUAUCUAAUUUCACGAAGAUUUCAUGGCCCACGCAUUUAAAUCUUUUGGUGACCAUGAAUGCAGUAUAUAAUUAUUUGAAUAAAACAUGGGAAACCAAAGGGCAGCAACACGUAAUAGGAAGUUUGGGACAAGUGGUCCUAAUAUUAGCUCCAUCAACUCAAAUAUCUGAAAUAGAACAACACACAAUUUUAAAGUUAUUGCGAGAAAUUAAGUAUCAUCAUCCUGACGUAAAGAUUUUAUAUUACGUGUCGAAAGACCAUUCUAAUUCUUUCCAACCAUUCAUAUUAUCAGAGCAUGAUCGCCUAAUAGUUAGUCCUUAUAUUGAAACCAUUGAUAAAUUUUUAUUAACAGUGCCACGAAUUCUAAGACCAGUACCAGAAUUUGCAACUAACUCCUCAAUAUUUAAAGGUGAAAUGGAGGACUACAUAAGUCCCUCCAAAUCAAUCACAUACAUGUUGCAUUCGCAACAUAUUCACACAAAGAAAACAACAAUCACAGUUCAUAAUUUUGGUUAUGGAACAAUAAAUGCUUGUUCGUGGAAACAAUUUAAAAUAGGCAACAAUCAGGAACAUAUGACAUGUCAAAAUCUUGAUUUACACCAAGAAAUUGAUAUAGUUGACGACUUUAUAUGCACAGAUGUAGGCUGUCCUUACAUAUAUCUCCGUAUACAUAAUGCUACCUCUCAUAAAAAAUGUGCAGAAAUAGAAUGCAGAUCACCAGAUCAUAUAAGAUAUAUUAUAAGGAUGCAAAGUAAUGAAAAUUCAGCAAACAAAAUAUUUGUAAAUAUAUUCAUAAUAUUAUUGGUACAAGUAGUUGUAUGUAAUAUUUAAUAAUUAUAUAAAUUAUGGAUUUCGUUAAUAAAA